AUGGCUGAAACUAUGGCUGCCACUGAAGCUGCCACCGAAGCAGCCACUGAGGCUGCAACUGAAGCUGGAACUUCCCGAAGAUUGCAAGAGACUGCUGCCCCAACAGAUGCUGCUACAAUGACUGAGACUAUCGCUGCCACUGAAGCUGCUACCGAAGCAGCCACUGAGGCUGGAACUGAAGCUGGAACUUCCCGACGAUUGCAAGAGACUGCUGCCCCAACAGAUGCUGCAACAAUGGGUGCAACAAUGGUUGACACUGAGGCACCCACCACAGAAGCACCAACAUUGGCUCCAGAAGGCAAAGACAAGGAUGACAAGGAGGCAAAGAAGCAAGCAGGCAAGCGCCAAAGAAAGCGACGACAUGUUCGUGGCUAA